AUGAAAAAAUUCUUAAUUUUACUCAUUCUAAUUGUUUUGUGUUUUUCAAAAGCAGGAGAUUGUACUAAUGCAUAUUGUGGAGCUUAGCUAAAAGCUUGUAAAAACGGAGGCAAUUGUGAUUAAACUGCUGCUAAAUGUGCAAACCAAUUUAAAUAAUACGUGCAUCGUGCACAAAAAUCUGGUCAAUAUAAGGGAACAGAAGCUGGAUAUCAAGAUUUCACCUACUGUAUGAGCACAAACUCAGCUGCUAAGAGCUUAAAUAGUUGCAGUAGACAACAUUGCAAUAAGGUGCUUUAUGAGGAGAGUAUUAGAAUAGAUGAGAUUAUUUAGUCAUAUUGAAUAUUAAUUCGUUUUUAUAAUGAAAAAAUUCAUCAUUCUAA